AUGAGGUCAAAGUUUAAGGACGAGCAUCCUCUGGAGAAGCGCAAGGCCGAGGCCGAGAGAAUCCGGCAGAAGUACCCCGACCGCAUUCCCGUCAUCUGCGAAAAGGUCGAGAAGAGCGACAUUGCAACCAUCGAUAAGAAGAAGUACCUUGUCCCUUCCGACCUCACAGUCGGCCAAUUUGUCUAUGUCAUCCGCAAGCGGAUCAAGCUCAGCCCGGAGAAGGCUAUCUUUAUUUUUGUAAAGGAGAUCCUGCCACCCACCGCUGCACUGAUGUCGGCCGUCUACGAGGAGCACAAGGAUGAGGACGGCUUCCUUUACAUAACUUACUCUGGCGAAAACACCUUUGGCGAAGAGCUGUGUCAGUGA